CGUUCUACCUCUCACUCAGUAAUAAUGGAGCCCAGCAGUCCGAAGAAGAUCCAGUUUGCUGUCCCUCCUCUGCAGGGACAGCUGGACCCACAGGCCGCCGAACAUAUCCGUCGCAGAAGGCCAACUCCUGCCACCCUGCAGAUCUACAGACAACCUGGCACAGAUGACGUCGACGUCUCUUCUCUCUCUGCAGACGUUGGAGAUCAACACGACGCCGGCGGAGAGACUCAGGCUUCAGAGUCCUCUCAGAGGAAGCAGAGCACCUAUGCCCCGCCCACCAUGAAAGAGCUUCAGCACCUUCUGGGGGCGGGGCUCUGUGACACAGACGGCCAGCUGAGCCCAAUCACAGCACAGCUCUAUGCCGCCUCUUCCCUGUGGGCCAAUCGCAACGGGCCAGAGGAAGCCAAUGGGAAUGAGGCGGGUCUGCUGUUAGCCAAUCAGGAGAGAGGAGUGGCGGAGAGCGACAGUUCAGGGGGGAAGCUGAAGAGUGCCGUACCCGAGGAAGACGAGGAGGAAGCCGACCUUCAGGACGACUGAUUCGGCACAAAAUGGCGGCCGAUCUUUUGACGAUCUCGACAACAACAAAAACAACGUUCCCUCUGGCGUCCAUCUCGAGCGGAGAACCUCCCAAGACCCCCGGCAGCCACCAGGGGGGCGCGUUUCUGGAGCCCGACGUUUAGUUCUAGAGGGCGUGAAGAAACCAGCAGGAAGCGGCGUAACGACGCACGUUCAACGUCAACGUGACUCCGCCUUUAAAUAUCAAACUCGUCACAAUAAAAACCUUUUGUUAGUUUAAAUAUGGCGGAAGCAUAUAACUUCACCUUUAAAUGUAUUACGACUCGCCGUCACGACAGUUUAACCUCCGAAUGGACUUUAACACAACGCACGCUGAACCUGAAAGUUACAUUUCAUAUUUGGUCUACGAGCUACUAGUUUAGCCAG